AUGGACCCCUCCUCCAACAAUGGGCCGGACUCACUGAUGACAAGCAGCAGCAGUGAGAGCAGAUAUCCAGACACAGUGGACGAGGACUUUGAGAAGUCAUCGACUCUGGUGGUGUACAGCAGCCCAAGCACAUCAACGAGCUCAGACGAACGGCAUCAAGGGACCCCAUGGCACACCAACCGCAUUGCAAAGCCCAGCAAGGACCGGUCGAAAUGUCGAUUUGGCGUACCUACUUGUUCCGGAUGCACUCCUGAGCCAAAAACUUUGAGCCAAGAUCAGAUUGAUGAUCACCGCCGCAUGUUCUGGGCUUUCAUGUUCUCCAUCGGACUUCCUGGCGAUGCGACCAUCAGUAGUACUUCAUCUUACAGAGUUCAAUUAAAAGCAGCGUUUCUUGACGCGCAAUUCCCACCGGCAUUUGUCGACCGACAGCAGGUAUCAGAGAUUAUCGAUGACUGGCUGGUUCCCAGGGGCGAUGCUAUGGCUGCGGCAGUCGACACGCUUCUUCUGGUGCAACAUGGUCUCAACACAAAAGACAAGCGUUACAAGAUCGAGGGCAAGCGCAGACAUGAAGCUGCCCUUCAACUCCUGAACGAUGGCCUGAGGAAACCCAACGCGGCCACGAAUGAUAGCCUUUUGGGUGCGAUCGACAUUCUGGGGGCAUGCGCGAUGUUUCUAGAUAUCACAAAUGGCGACAAUCGCUGGGUCGUUCAUUGUCGAGGCUUGUGCGGACUACUUGCAAUGCGUGGUCCACACAGACUUGACUCCCAGUUCUCCAGAAACCUGGUGUGCAACUUCCGGCAUGUCGCGCUCAUGGACGCGCUUCAGUCGAGAAAGUCAUUCGUGUUCGGGCAACCCGAAUGGCUGAAGCGGAUGCAAGAAAUCGAAGCAGACCGGCCUGCCGCCAGAAUGCAUACCCUCGCCUGUGAAGUCCCAGCCCUUCUCGAGGAAGCCGACCGAAUCGUUGCAACUCGAGGUCGAUGGGUACCUACAAUCACCGAGACAUAUGCCCAACUCGUAGAUCUCGAAAAGCGACUGCAAGAUUGGCUGCUCCAGUGCUAUAAAGACCUUCCAACCAAGUCACCUUACCGAACCAUGGAUAUCAAGCACUUCCCAAUGUACUUCGAGCAAUACGGCCACCUCAACACACCUUUCACCAAAUGUCUCGAAUUCUCCAGCAAUAUCGACACGGUCCGCCACGGCUACUACUGGACUGUCCUCUUGGCCCUCCGUGAAGCAAUCUACGACCUCUCAAUAGCCCGGCCAGCCGCGCUGUGCAUCACCACAGCCAAUCAAACAUUCCUCAAAAAGCGAGUCUACGAAUGCACAGACUCCCUCUGCCAGACCGUGCCUUUCGUCUGCUCCGACUCCUUACACCACAUCGGAUCGAGCGCCUCUUUCCCCAGCUACGUCGGCGGCGCCCUUUCGAUCUGCUGUCCGCUGCAAUUCGCCAUGAAAUGGUAUCAGAAACAAGGCGACCACGCCAAAGUGGACUGGUGCGAUGAGAUUAUCUCCGACGUCAGAGACCAUCUCCGCGCACAGGGCUUGUCGUGGUUGGAUGCGUCAUUGAGCACAGAUGCAUGUGCUGCAUUCAAUGGGGGAGCUUGUGCUAAACGCCGCGUACCUGCAGGAGGAUUUCGCCUUUAUGCACUCUCCCCGUACGUCAGCUGCUCAAUUCAGCUGGGCUUGUGCAUGGGAAUUGUGCAAGCAUACCCACUGUCGAUCAUAUCUGCGGCCGCUUGUAUACCAUCAUCUGCAAGCACUCAAAUCUCCCUUGAGCCAUCCUUCAUUCAAGCGGCCGCAAAGGUCCCACCUAUCCCGCUGCACAUUUAUGCGCUGAAAGCCGUGCACAAACAACAACAACAACAACAACAACCAGAAGAUACACGCACGACAGGACUUGCCGGCUAA